AUGUGGACACGAUGAAGUUUGUGGUGCUUGCUCUCUUUGUUGUCGGUGGUAAGGAUUACUCACUCACUCACUCACUCACUCACUCACUCACUCACUCACUCACUCACUCACUCACUCACUCACUCACUCACUCACUCACUCACUCACUCACUCACUCACUCACUCACUCACUCACUCACUCACUCACUCACUCACUCACUCACUCACUCACUCACUCACAGCGCUCCGGCAGAAAUCGGUCUUAAGCCAUGUUUACAAACAAUACUCAAGUUCACACUCUUAAAAGAGUCUGUCUCUGUCUGUCCUCUCAGCUUACGGGUGCGGUGUGCCCACUUUCCCCCCCGUCUUGACCAGGGUGGUUGGAGGAGAAGAUGUCAGGCCCAACAGCUGGCCCUGGCAGGUAAAAAAAAUAAAAAGUCUCUUACAAAACAAAAUAUCGUCUGCAGACUUAGAGAGAGGAAACUUUAUAAUUCAAGAUGUUGGUGCAUGUUACAAAAAUACAUACAUCAAAACAUGAUAAUAAAUUUUACAAGACAAGACCCAAGCAGAUUUAUAGAGACAAAUAAAAGUUCAGAUAAAAAUUUUGAAGACACUGAAGUCAAACUGUGUCCAAUGUGGGAAAUGGACACCACAGUAGGUGUAGACCACAGGAUGAACCACCAUCAGGACAUACAGACUGCAACAGUCUGCAAAAAACACAAUCAUCCAUAGCGGCCAAGCCAGAUGAAAACCAAUGAGCUGAGUCUGUGUGUGCGUGUCCCCUAGAUUUCUCUGCAGUAUAACAGACAGGGAGAGUGGAGACACACCUGUGGUGGUACCCUGAUCUCUGACCAGUGGGUCCUGACUGCUGCUCACUGUAUCAGGUAUGAAACUCAAGAUCCAAGGAGCAAUUCACUCUUAUUUUAAGGUUAUGAGAUGUAAAGCGCUCACCCAUUUUUUUUAAUCAUACAUCAGUCACACCGCACGCAUAAAACUGAUUCAAGAAAAUAAACUAUGAGAAGUCUUUACUCCAUCUACACCCCUCUCUCUGUUAACCUGCAGCUCUGGCAGGGAGUACAGAGUAGCCAUGGGAAAGCACAACCUGGUAGAGACAGAGCAAGAGGCUGUGUUCAUGGGCACCGCUAACAUCAUUGUGCACGAGAAGUGGAACCCUUUGUUCAUCCGGUAAAAAAUGACACAGCUGUGAACUGCAAGACCUCAUCAAAUUUCAAAAGUUCAACAUAACAGGCAUUAUCCACUGUGGGUCUCUGAUAAAUCUGAAUAGGCAUGUUUGUGUGUGUGUGUGUGUUUUUUUUCCUGCAAAAUUGACAGUAACGACAUCGCCCUGAUCCAGCUGGAGUCCCCCGUCACCUUCUCUGACAGCAUCAUGGCUGCUUGUCUCCCUGCUGCUGGUGUUGUCCUCCCUCACAACGAGUCCUGCUUUGUCACUGGGUGGGGUCGCCUCUACAGUGAGUUUCAUUUGUCCUCCAUUACUUUGAGGUUAAAUCUGGUUCAUUAAUUGCUGGAUUAAAACAUGUCUAGAUAAUUGACCCAAAGGGUUGUGUAAUGAUAGUUGCAAACUUGAAGUGAUUUAUGCUGCUGCAGCUUACAAAACAGUCUCUGCUGCAAGUUUGAUUAUACCCCAUACCUACACAGCAAACUAUAAUAUUUUCUUUGAAUUCAACCUUCUAAUUUUGUUUUACAGCUGCACUACAAAGAUUAACAUAAAGGAAACUGUAGCAGUCUAGUCUUUUUGGGGUAUCAGCAUGAUAAUAAACAUGACUGAUUUCCUGUCUGGUCGAAUUUUCGCCAAUGACUUCCUCAUACAUAAAAUCUGUACUAUUGCAAAAACAAUAAAUUUCAGUGAUCUAACUAUGAACAACACCAUUUUGGCAAUCUGUAAACUGUUGUGAUAUCAGUUGAUAACGGACAUUUAUUACUUAAGAAUUAUACUUGAACUGUAAGAUAGUCCUGUGCUCUGCAGUAAAUAGCUGUUGCAACUGUUAGCAAUAACUUGGAUGUCUGAAUAAAAAUAUCCUUUUCUUCCUUUUACCUGAGCUGAACUGAGGCUUGCAUUCAUCUCUCAAUCUCUCAGCUGGAGGUCCUAUUGCUGACAUCCUACAGCAGGCUCUUCUGCCCGUGGUGGACUAUGCUACCUGCAGCAAGUCUGACUGGUGGGGCUUCCAGGUGAAAGACACAAUGGUCUGUGCAGGUGGAGAUGGAGUUGUGUCUGGCUGCAACGUAAGUCUAAAAUAACUGCAAAUUUAACAAAUCAAACAAGAGCACUAGUGUUCUUGGUCGUUUGUAAACCCCAGAAGAUAGCACAACAAUGUUUCCUCUGAUUGUAGACUUUGAAAUCACUGAAUCAUCUGUGUUUAGUUUGAAUUCUGCACUUAAUGUAAAAAAACUAAAAAUAUAUCUAAAAUAUAUUUAGACUGGAUUGCAUGUUUUGUCUUUCAUUUCCCAGGGAGAUUCAGGUGGCCCUCUGAACUGUCAGAAUAGCGAUGGAGCCUGGGAGGUUCACGGCAUUGUUAGCUUUGGCUCUGGACUCAAAUGCAAUCUCAAAAAGAAGCCUACAGUCUUCACUCAAGUCAGCUCCUACGCAGACUGGAUCAGCUCUGUAAGCCCCUAAACAUCACGUUUGGUUACUCUCGUGUUUAUAGUCAUGAAACUGUAACUGUUUGAAAGUGCAGACCGACUUCAUUCAGGUCUUAGAGUUUAAAACUAAAGGAUCUAGCCAAUCAAAAAUCAACUUUGAGUUAUUACCAAAAACAUGAUGCUUGACAAAACCUGAAAUAUCUCCAUCCUCUCUUCCACAGAAAAUGGUGACCUAUUGAGGACACAGACUUUGAAGAUCAAGGCCAAAACAUGGACAUGUAAAAUAAAUAAAAUAUAAAGUUUCAAAUGUAAAA